UAACGUGAAGUGUGUUAUCCUCAGGGAAUGCCAGAGAAAAUCUGUGUGGUUUACUGGUUAUACACAUAAAACGAAAUGAGGAACAGAUGAGCUGUCAUUGGCUUCAUCGGUUUUAAAGUUUAGUCAAACUGAGAGCGAAAGCAGGGGCCGGUUUCGUAAACAUUACCGCUAAUUUAAGACUGUGUCUUAACUAGUCUGACCAACAAGCAAUUAAUUAGGGCUAAUCAGUCUCACUUUUUGGAUUCAAACUAGACCAAUCUACCUUUUUAUGUAACUGAUUUAAAAAGUUAUGACCAGUCUCGAAGAAAAAAAAUUGAUGACUAACAGUCCUAAGCAGUUUAUGCAACCGGCCACUGGUCUGAAUAGCAGCUGAGAGGCUGCCCCAACACAUUUUUUUUUUGCUUCACCCAAUUAUUUGAUGUAACUAUUGUGUUUUAAUGAUAUUUUCAAGACCUAUGCAUAUAUGGAUUCUGAGAUUGUCUGCAUGUGUUCCAGAGUUAACGGUGAGGACGUCAGAUUGAUGUUGUGGGACACAGCUAGACAGGAGGAGUUUGAUGCCAUCACCAAGGCCUAUUACAGAGGGGCGCAGGCCUGUGUGCUGGUGUUCUCCACCACCGUCAGAGACUCGUUUGAGGCCAUCAGCAGCUGGAGGGAGAAGGUGGAGAUGGAGGUGGGUGACAUUCCCACCGUCCUGGUGCAGAACAAAAUCGAUCUGCUGGAUGACACAGUUAUCAAGAAUGAAGAGGCUGAAGGUCUUGCUAAGACGCUGAAGUUGAGAUUCUAUCGGACAUCGGUGAAGGAAGAUCUCAACGUCAAUGAAGGCAAUGUACCUCAGUACAUAGAAAUGCUAUCACAAACUGAGAAGGCCGCACAGGCCUAUUACCUCAGACAACGUGAGCAAAAGCCUGAGGCAGUGCUACAAAUACAUGAGCCAACUCAUGAUCAUAACCAACAGCGCCUAAACACAAGCUGUGAUAGAAAGGAGGCUACCAAGCGGGGCCAGCCGUCUAGCAGCAAACGCCAGGCAGCUGCUGAUGUCACAAGCGAUUUUGAGUAA